GUUUGGCAUUUGACCUGCAAACAUGAAGUUCAAUUUGGCCUACCCUUACACAGGACUGCAGAAGCAGAUCGAGUUCAACGACGAGAAAAAACUGAAGGUGCUGAAUGACCUCAGAUUGAGUCAGCUGGUGGAGAUGGACUUCCUCGGGGACGAGUGGAAGGGAUACGUCGCCAAGAUCAUCUCGGGUUCCGACAAGGAUGGAUUCGCCAUGAAGCAGGGAGUCCUAACUACCAACCGGGUGCGACUCCUCCUGAAGGCGGGAACCAAGUGCUUCCAGUCCUGGAAGCGAAAGGGAGAGCGAAGGAGAAGGUCAGUCCGAGGAUGUAUCAUCGACGUGCACCACUUGAGCGUCCUGUGCAUGAAGAUUGUCAAGAAGGGAGACAACGAAAUUGCAGGACUGACCGAUUCCAUCUUGCCCAGACCUAUGGGACCCAAACGAGCCAGCAAGAUCAGGAAGAUGUUCAAUUUGACUAAGAAGGAUGACGUGCGACAGUAUGUGAUUCGCCAGCAGAAACCGAACCGACCCCCAAGGAAGGAUGGAACUAUUCGAAGUGUGGCUCCUAAGAUCCAGAGACUGGUGACUCCCGAGCGACUGCAGCGAAAGAGGAAGCUGAGAGCCAUCCGAAGGAAGAGGUACGAGAAGUCGAAGGCCAGCAAGCAGGACUACCUCAGACUUCUGGCCAAGAUCAGACGAGAGAGAUCCGAAGCCAGAAGGUCCUCCAGGUCCAGCCGAGUAUCGCAGGCGUCUGCCAGCUAAUCUGCUAAUGGAAUGGACUCACAGAAGCAAAAGUUGUUUUCAAGUUAAUUGCGGCCCUGAUUUAAAAUUCGAUUAUGGUGCUGCGAGUGAUUCAAAUUUGUUGCUGUGAGUUAGUGUUGAAGUUCAAUUGAACUUUUCCGCGUCAAA